AUGGCCAACAACAAUGCCGGCGCCAACUUCGCCGAUAAACCACGUCUGACGGAACAAGAAAAGAAGAACAAUCACAUCGCCUCGGAACAGAAACGCCGUCAAGCAAUUCGUGAAGGCUUCGACCGUCUUGCUGAGAUCGUGCCCAGCAUGUCAGGUCAGGGUCGCAGUGAAGCCGUCAUGCUCUCGGCUACCGUCACCUACAUGAGAUCCCAGCUCGCCAAAAAGGACGCUCUCAAAGAUAUGGCUGCAAAGCUCAACGUCAGUGACGGUGACUUUGAGCAAAUGUAUCGCGAAGAGCGCGCCAGAAUCAACCAAACCUACGAUCGCUCCUGA